AUUUUGUGAUCUCGUUAUCAGACUUGCGGUCAACAUCGGUCGCGCCAGCUUUGCUACGUUUGGUGCAAAGUUGAAUACUCAAGACAUCAGUUCGCGGGCAUAUUUGAACAAUUACCUUCGAUCAACUCAACAGUCCAAGAAGCUCUUCGAAUUUCGGACUGACACCACAUUAUCGUGUAUUUAUUUCCUUCGAAAUAGGAUUGCACACAGACUAAAACGGUCUCGACAUGAAUUCGUCGGGUUUCCCCGAACUUGUUACAGCCAUGAAUAGCAGCAACGUAAGCGACCCAGGAGGACAGCAAUUUCAUUUCUACGUCGAACCGUUUUCCUUGCAGCUUGUGCGAUUUAUUUUAGACGCCGUAAUUUUCGUGGCUGGCGUCCUAGGCAACGGUCUGGUGUGUGUUGUGGUGGUUAAAGAACGUCUUCAUCGUUCUCUCGCCUACUGUUUGAUUCUAAACUUGGCUAUCAGCGAUUUAGGUAUCCUCCUGUUUAGCCUUCCAUUUGGCGUGGUACGCACAGAGGAUGUCACCUGGCCGUUUGGAGAGUUUGGCUGCAAGGUGCUUUACCCGUUGAGUGAUGUUUUUCACGGUGUUUCCAUCGCCAGCAUCACUGCCAUAGCCGUUUUUCGAUACCGUGGGAUCAUUUCCGGGCACGGUUUGAGCCAAAAGGAGACCAUGAAAACAGUCAAGGUUGUCAUUUUGUUAAUGUGGCUCCUGUCCUUUUUGUUGUUCGUGGUGCCGUUAUUCUUUGUCAUGAACUACGCGGAAGAUGGAAGCCGUGCAUUCUGUCAUCCCCAGUUUCCGAGUGUCACUUUCUACAAGCUGUACCAAGGGGAGACAGUGUUGUUAACUUAUAUUUUACCUCUGGGUAUAAUCCUCUUCACCUAUCUUCGUAUACGAAGACGUUUGAACGAGAGCAUCGCCUUACACAGCCACAUUCGUCGAGAGUCUCACCAGCGUCCUUCCUCCUCAUCAGCGGGGGGAAGCCGCCGCGCAAGUGACCGCAACUACAAAGCGCUUAAAAUUUUAACGCCAGUUGUUCUGGUCUUCUUCGUUACACUGUUGCCGUACAAUGUUUUUCGCGUGGUAGACAUCUUCCAGGACACUUCGAAGUUUGAGUAUUUGUUGUUUUUUUUCAAAGUAUGCAUCCUGUUUUUUGUCUGCAACAGCUCAGCUAAUCCUCUCAUUUAUGCUUUGUUCAGCGAGGAGUUCCGAAAGGCUUUCAAGUGGCACAUAAAGCAUUGUUCUUCAUCGGGGAAACGUUCCAGGUUUUUUUCCCUAUCAGAAAAAGUAUCCUCAUUCCGCCGCGCUAGAUCUUUUUCCGCCCGUACCCGUGCGCGUGGUAAAGAGCGAGGUAGUUUGUCGGCUUCCGACGUUUUCGUGUAGCAGACAAUUUAAAUUUUUUUAUUUUUUUCGCGAAGAAAAGUUACCUUGCAUUUCGUGAUGUUUUACUAUAGCUGUUUAAUGCAUAAUUUCCUUUAGAAAGGAGUCAUGUCUUGGGGUGUUCCAUUUUUAAAUUGGAUUUUGAUAAUGGAUUUUAAAGCGCUUUAAUGUAUCUCCUACCGUGAGCAAAUGCGUCGAUGGAAGAAGCGGAUAUCUAAACACGAAACAAUGUACUGUCAACAAAAUUGUAACGACAAAUAGUGCCUGUGAUUUCUGGUAUACGUCUGCCACUCUCGUUUUAAAGUAAUUUGCAAGUUAUUUAUUUACGAAAAAGGCAUCUCUGAGGGCGGUAAACCUUGAAAAUUUGCAUCAAAAGCUGGUAAUAACAGCACAAAAGAGACAAUGAAAGCUUAGACGCAAUAGAUAGAUGCUGAAGGUUACUUAUUAAUCAUAAAAACGUCGAACUUGUUGAUGACUUGUGCGUUAAAACAAGUUUCUUUUAUUUAACAGAGGUUUAAUUACCUCUAUUCGAAAGAGUGUCAUUUUGUCACCUGUUUUCAGUCUUUUCUCUAGGGAUUAUUGAAAACUCUCCUUUUCUCCCGUCAAUUUCGGGAAUGGGCACUCUUCUAGGGAAAUGUGUUUUAAGUAUUCAUUGUAUUGUAAGACUGAUUCUGACAUGUUAUAGUGAUGUUUAAACAAUAAGUGCCCCUCAUAAAUGGACAUCUUCCUUUAUUGCUUUUCCAUUUCCAGUCGGAGACUCCAAUCUCAUACAUUUUGACUCGUUGUUCUUAACAUAGUCAAGCCCAUUCACGGCGCAUAUCGUAAAAUGUACUUUUUGAGUGAUCUUA